UCACAUGUGAACCCAAUGGGCCCCACACAGCCCAUAUCUCCUUCCCACGUAAACGUCGGCAGGUCAUUAAAUUCUCGCCGCAUCAAAACCACGGUCCCAGUCGUGAUUUCCACCAAAUCCAGGACUUAUCUAUUUACGCCACCUCCUCUAAAUUCAACAAUUGUCCGUUAUCCCCGCAAAACGUACGACGCCUUUAAAAUCCCCAACUGCUUCUACAAUUUUCUACGUUCUUCCAUCCCAGAAAGAAAUCAAAAGGCUACCAUGAAUUCUCGACUGUGCUUGCUUACCUUCAUUCUGUCCUCCGUCGUCGUAUCCGCCGCCGCCGCAUUGGUUGGCGGUUGGGGGCCGAUUAAGGACCUGAAUGAUCCACACGUGAAGGAGAUCGCGGAUUUCGCGGUCACAGAGCACAACAAGGCUGCAAAUGCGAGUUUGAAGCUACAAAGCGUGGUUCACGGCGAAGAACAGGUGGUUGCGGGGACGAACUACAAACUGGUGCUGGAGGUGAUGGAUGGUAAGGCUAAGAAGAAGUUCGAGGUGGUUGUGUGGGAGAAGCCGUGGCAGCACUUCAUGAACGUCACCUCGUUCAAGGCUGUCAAAGCUUAAUACGGCAUCGUUUUGGUGAUGUAAAAAAGAAGUUUUCGUUUCAGAUCUGGAAGGAGAGAAUAACAGUGUUUGAUCCAAUAAAAAGUUUGGGUACAUUUCGUUCAAACUUCAAAUCGAGAGAGAUAGAUUAUAAUAUUAGGCACAACUGGUCUGUGAUUAUAUCGUAUUUGGCCGAAGAAGCAUCGGACAGGUUGGAGUUCUUACCUUCUUGGGACUCCAUGGAUGUAGAAAAAGCUGCUUCUGAAAAUGUGGCUUGUAUGUUCUUUUUGUUAGAAUUGCCAUGUAAUCAGUUCUAUAUAUAUAUAUAUAUGGAAUGUUCUGUGUAUUGUAUGCCA